AAUGACUCUGGGCGGUUCAUGAAUGGGUUUGUGAAGUGGGAGGGCCCGUCAUCUGACUUUACCAGUCAGGGAAAAAGUAGGUGUUGUGCUGUAGUGUUUGGUUUGGUGCGAUGCAGCUUCAUGACUGUUUUUAAACACACGAGCAGCGGUUCACUGUGCGUACGGACCGCAGCGGAGCGUUUGACAAGCAUCCUCCAUCAGUUGAGGCGCGCAGGCUAACAGCAGCCGUAUAGCGGCGGGGAAAGCUAGCUUCAUCCCAGCUAGACGGCAGCCCAGAGCCAGAGAAGGGAGAGCCGCGUCGGUGAGCCAUGGGGUUCCGCAAGAAGAACAAGAGCCCGCCGGUGCUGAGCCACGAGUUUGUGAUCCAGAAUCACGCCGACAUGGUUUCGUGUUUGGCCAUGAUAAUCCUCCUCGGCCUGAUGUUCGAGGUCACAGCCAAGUUUGCCAUCAUGUUCAUCACAGUCCAGUACAACGUAACACAAGUUCUUGAUGAGAAGAGUGAUCCAGUAAACCUUUACCAGUAUGGACCUAAAGAUGUGGCCACUGUGUUUUUCUACCUGCUUAUUGCGGUCAUCCUUCAUGCCUUGAUACAAGAAUAUAUUCUCGAUAAAAUGAACAGGAGGUUGCACCUGUCAAAAACCAAACACAGCAAGUUCAACGAGUCUGGACAGCUCGCGGCGUUCUACCUGUUCUCCUUCAUCUGGGGCUGCAGCAUCCUAACAGCGGAGGACUUUGCAACAAAUCCUACUUUUUUAUGGGAGGGUUACCCACACACUCACAUGGUUUUCCAGGUCAAGUUCUUCUACAUUUGCCAAAUUGCCUAUUGGCUCCAUGCACUUCCUGAGCUGUACUUUCAAAAAGUUCGGAAGGAGGACAUCCCCCGCCAGCUCUAUUACAUUUGCCUUUACGUUGUCCACAUCGCUGGUGCCUAUGUCUUAAACCUCCACCGACUGGGCCUGGUGUUGCUGGUCCCUCACUACCUGGUGGAGCUCCUGUUCCAUGCUUCACGCCUCUUCUACUUCAGUGAUGAGAACAAGCAGAAGGGUUUUACUCUGUGGGCUCUACUUUUUGUCAUCGCCCGCCUCCUCACCCUCACACUCUCAGUUCUGACGUUUGGCUUCGGGCUGCCCCGUACAGAAAACCAGGGCUUUUCCCUAGCAGAAGGCAACUUCAAUGUGCUCACCAUAAGGAUGACUUGUCUGGCAGCUAUCUGCCUGACACAGGCUUGGAUGAUGUGGAAAUUCAUUAACUUCCAGUUGAAAAAGUGGAGGGAGCACAGCCAGAACCAGGCGUCAAAGAAGAAGGCGGUCAGCCCAAAGAGCAAGCCUCACAAAAGGGAGCCUACAAGGGGAGGUGCUGCCAAUGGGGUUGUGAAGUCCGAGGAUAAAACAUCACCACGGGCAAGAAAAGCCAAAGCUUCAUAGAGAUGGAAGAACAGGUGAACUAAUGUGACAUAAUGUCUUUAUACAACUUCAAAUUUUGUCUACUGCUCCCAAAAACCGAUGUUUAAGCGCACUAAGAAACCUUACCUUACUGCCCCUUAGGGGUUGAAACUUCUUUUUGGAAAAAGUUCAGUGUUACGGUCAGCUAGAAAUGUUUCUUAUUAAUUUGGGUUGUCUGCAGAUUGGAUGCUGGCAUGACAGUGCUGGGUUUGAUGCUUUAACAGGAUAGAUUUUAAAGUGUCCUUUUGUGUAAAACUACGAUCACUCGCCGGGUUCUUUAAACUGAGUCACUCUUCACUAAUUUGAAAUUGAAUCAGUUAACGUCACAGUAACUUGAAAAGUGAAUUUUGACUUCAGGGCAACUUGUUCAUGUACAUAUUAACUGUGUGGGGUGUCAUUUUAAGUUUGGGCCUUAUUCAGUUCACGAAACAAGCCACUGACCCAAAAUAAAGCCUUUCUUGCUCUGUAAGACAGCUCUUGUGUAUUCUGCUGUUGUCAGGAAAAGACCCUAAAUGAAUCGCUCCAGAGGAAUAUUUGUGCUAUUUUAGGUAUUUGGCAUAGCUGCAGCCAGACAACUGAAGCUUGUACUUAACUCCUUGAUCAUUUACUGCCAUUAUUUGACAGCCUCUGCCUUUGAAAUCCAAAAUGUUACAGGAUUGAGGCACUUUUGUACUUUUGUUUGCUUUUAUCACUAGCCUGGUAAUGAGCGUCGGCCUGUUACAGGGGCUCGUCCAGGUACGGUGACUUACCAAGAGGAAGCUGAACUGUAACCUGUGAUGCUGUACUGUAUGCAUACAGUUAAACCUUUUAUAAUGGCAUGAUUGGAAACUUAAGCAAGAAACUGUGUUUGAGGCUGUGAUUCAGUCUUGUAUAUGGUAAUGUCAAUGCAUGACGGUUUAAGGCUAAAGACUUUAUGGCUAGUUCCUACCUGUGCUGUUGAGUUUGCAUAUCUCUCACACACAAGCAUUCAGUGGCCUUUUUUCAAAUGCUGCAAAAUGUUUGAGUUAUUUAUUUUGCCAUAUACUACAGAUAGUUAUUUUAUAUGCUUUGACAAGCUGUAACCAGCAAACACAGUGGUACAUGGCAACUGCAUUUAGUUAAUCCAAAACAAUCCAAUCUUUCUUCAAGUGUCCUUAUAAUGUCAGUGGUUUGUACUGUAUCACUCGUUCUGCUUGUGUUGCGUUCUGUUUUCCUUCUCUGUUUGCUUUUUUAUUCUCGGGUAUCAGGGGACAAGCUAUCCACCACUUACACUAGUUAUAUCCCACGGUGCACUGGGAGGUGUGCUUUUAAGGGGAUGUGUUUGUAUGCCUGUACACUUACUCGUGUGUGUGCACUGUGCAGUAGUGUUUUGCCUACUGUGAAUGUGAAUUAACUGGGCGUGAAUGAUGAUGAUGGUGGGGAUGACAACAAUGUUUAUUGCUUGUCUCGUAAAAUAAUUAUUGCGUAGUGUGCAGAGCAUGAAAUGUGACAAUCUGUUCAUUGACUCCUGCCCUGAUUUUAUUUUAUUUUUUUCACAAUGCUAUCCUUUCCUUCCUUUCACUUUGGUUGGGCCUGUCUCAGUUCCCAACAUGCUUAUCUAUGUGGAACACUGAGUUGUGGAUUGGUGUAUGUUCUAUAGGUUAUCGGUUACUAAAUGCUUAUGUGUUCAAUGUCUCUGCCCCUCAGAUGCCCUUUUCCUGUGUGAGAGAGACUGUGAUUUCUGUUUGUCAAAUGUGGCAUGUUUUGUCCUUUCUGCUUCACCUUUUCAAUGAUCCUGACAUUGCUAUGGAGCACACUGUUGUAUUGUACUGUUGGCCAUAUUCUUUCCUCUCCUGGACCUGGAGUACUGCUCUACUACUAAACCACUGUGCAUGUGAAGCUCUGUGCAGAAAAGACUACACUACCUGUCUGCAGACAGUUGGAGUUUGGAGUCUUAGUCCAGAGCAGGGAUGAUAUGAAGAUGCCAUUCAUUUUUGCUCCCUUUAGCACUCCUUAUUGGGUUUUGGUCUUUAACGUCCUAUGUCUGUGUAUGGCCGUGUCAUAUGGAGAGGGAUGGAGGAGCAGAGGACUUGUGUACCAGCCUGUUAUUAAACUGUCUCAGAUGUAAAAGAGAAAAAAAACUGACUUAACCCUACACUGUACUUAAAUAUGUGUCAGAUUUUUAAGCUAUUUUUAUAGAGGGGAAACUCACUGUUAAAUUCACUGUUGUUCAGUACACGUGUGAAUAUUUGUUUUGCAUCCAUAUUGAUAUGAAUUGUUUUUUAUAUAAGAAUGAAGCUUGCUGAACUGUUAGCGUGGAUAUACAUUGUGGUAUGAGUGUAAACAUUUAUUUAGCCUAAGGGUUUAUUUAACGUCAUGGCCUUAUUAGAGCAAAGUGAACUCUGUUGUAUAACAGUGCUCAGUUAACACUAUGCUGCAGGUGUAUACACUGCAGCUAUCACAACUACAUGUUUUAUGAUAGUAAAGUACACCAUCAUACUGACACUAGUCAUCCACACAUCAGUUUAAAUAUAGUAUCUGAGGAGCAAAUGCACA